AUGGCGGCGCCCGCAGCUCCUCGCCUGGCGUCGGGGCUCCUCUGGAGCAAGGAAGGCUGCAAGUUAUCUUCUGAUUUCGAAACACCACAGAAUACUUCAAUAAAUAUGCAACUGCCUUCAAGAGAGACAAGCUCUUAUUUUAAUGGCAUGGCCCAAAAGGACACAGUUGGCUACUCGUCUCCAAGAGCCAGCUCCGUUCCCAUCAUCCCCUCCGUGGGCUUGGACGAAGCCUGCAUGCAGACACAGAACGUUUCGGACACAACGGGCCUCACGUGGCGCAAGAACUCCUAUUCCACUGAACUGGUCCACGUGAGUGCCCCUGCCAGAAGUUGUCUUAUUGCAGAGCAGCAAGAAGUAAAAAUAUUAUUAGAAACUGUCCAAGAGCAGAUCCGGAUUCUGACCGACGCCAGGAGGUCGGAGGACUUUGAACUGGCGAGUGCCGACACGGAGAACGGCACCAGCGAAAACACAGCUUUUCUGCCUAUGAGUCCCGUGGCGAAAUUGGAGCGAGAGGCACAGUUUGUCUUAAAAAGUGAAAGGCAAAGAGACUCAGCCUUGAUUAAGUGACUUUGUC